AUGGUGGGCGUGCAAGUCAACGAAGCUGCUGCACAUGCGCACAUUCCGGAGCACGAAUCGCCCGCGUACUUCAACAUUGUGAACCACGCGCUGACUUUGUGCUUUCUCGUGGAGCUUCUUGCGCGGAUAUUUGCAUAUGGGAGAGAAUUCGUCUUGUCCGAAGAUCGUGGUUGGAAUCUUCUUGAUUGCGUGAUUGUCGCUUGCGCUUUGAUCGAGUUCGUCUUGGACGUCGUGGACGCCUUCACCACCAACCUGCGAAGUGAAUCCAGCACCGAUCUCUCCAUCAUGAAAGCCAUGCGGGUCGUGCGGAUCUUGCGGCUGGUUCGUGUGGUCCGGGUUGUGCGCUUCUUCCGGGCACUCCGAGUUCUCAUUGCGUCGAUUCUCCACACCUUGAGGUCUGUGAUGUGGGCAUUGAUUCUGCUGUUCCUCAUCAUGUAUACAUUCGGCAUCCUGUUCACACAUGCCUACACCGAAUACGCUUCAACUCAUGGGGGCCUGCACGGAUCGAUGACUUGCGCGGAACCAUCUACCCUUUGCGACAUGAAAACCUACUUCGGAUCAGUGCUCGUGUCCAUCUUGAUUUUGUUUGCGGCCAUCAGUGAUGGCAUCAGCUGGAUCGCUCUGAUCAACCCCUUGUGGGAAGCCAGUGGGGGCUCUGGUGUGUGGCUCUUGCUGUUUCUAGUGUACAUUGCUCUGGUGGAGUUCGCUGUGCUCAAUGUGGUAACUGGAGUGUUUUGUCAAAAUGCCAUCGAAUCCGCAUCUUUGGAUCAGGAGAUGGUCAUCGAGACGCAGCUUAAGUCAAAGCAACUGUACACAGACCAAGUUUGCGACCUGUUCCAUCUCAUGGACGAGGGGCAGAAGGGCGAACUCACUGCCACAGCCUUCGAACAACACAUCAACGAUCCUCAGGUUGCCGCGUAUUUCCGCGCUCUGGACAUGGACUUGAACAAUGUGUGGAAGCUUUUCACCUUGCUUGACCCAGAUGGCAGUGGCACUAUCGACCUUCAAGAGUUUGUGGAAGGUUGCUUAAAACUACGAGGGCCUGCCACGCGACUGGAUAUGGAGCCUCUUGGCGAUGCGGAAGUGCAUCAUGGAGUUUUGCUCGCUUGUCGUUUGCUUUGA